GCAGCGGCCGCCACGAGGGGAAGACUAUAUUGCAAAGGUCUCCUCCAGCCUUCGUCUGAUCUGUUUCUGAACGCCCAAUUUUGCUAGAUCUGACGGUGAGAGACCAUUCCUACUGGGCAUUUAGCCAAGUAGCCAGGACUGAAUCCUGACGACGUUGAGGACCGAGCGAAAAACACCAUGUGCCAGGUCCCCGUCGGAAAUUCUAAGGGGAAAGAUGAGCAGUGCGGGCAUGGAGGAGAGGCAACACGAGAGGUCAGCCCGACGACCCCCGCCACGAGCCAUCCCGAUGAGAAAACGAACAGAGAGAAGGAGAAGGAGACACUGCUGGAGCUGGAGAGCCAAGAUGGUCAGCGGUUUGAUACCAAGGAGGACGCACAGGCACGGCUGAACUGGGCCAACAAACUACAGUUUGUGCUGUCGUGCAUUGGCUAUUCUGUCGGUCUGGGUAACCUAUGGAGAUUCCCUUACCUGUGUUAUAAGAGCGGUGGAGGUGAGUCCCUUGCCCUGUCGUUCUCUGUUAGGAAGGUUAAAGCUAUCAAGCAUGUGGUAGUAGUGCCAUUUGUGUCAUUGACGAGGGGGCAGGACUCGGUUGUGCCGGGCGAUGGCCAGGGCCCCGUGGGAGCCCUCGCCAAACUCUGCCCCUUGCUGAAAGGAGCUGGAGUAGGAACCGUGGUGAUGUCUUUCCUGGUGGGGACUUACUACAACAUCAUCAUGGCGUGGUCCAUCUUCUACAUGAUCCAGUCUUUCACUGAAGAUCUGCCGUGGAAGACCUGCAAUGCUACCUGGGCCGUCGCUUGCUUUGACGAUUAUGGCGCCAACGUCACAGCGCCCAACGAUAGCAAGUCAGCCUCAGAGGAAUAUUUUGACGAAGUCGUUCUGCAACGAAGUACGGGCAUAGAGACGAUGGGGUCGGUCAGGCUGGAGCUAGCGCUGGCUCUCGUGGCCGCCUGGGUCUUGGUCUACUUUUGCAUCUGGAAGUCCAUCAAGUCGUCCGGAAAAGUUGUGUACGUAACGGCGACGGUUCCGUACCUUCUGCUCGGUGCUUUUCUCUGGCGAGCACUGACACUGCCGGGAGCUAAUAAUGGGCUCCAGUACUUCUUUAAACCUCAGUGGGAGCUGCUUUUGGAUGCUCAGGUGUGGGUCAGUGCUGCUGCUCAGAAUUUCAACAGCAUUGGUAUUGCCUUCGGAUCGCUAAUAGCAUUUGCUUCCUACAAUAAGCUUGACAACAAUAUCGUCUUGGAUACGUGGGCCAUCUGCCUUACCAACUCGUUCACGUCCCUUUUGUCUGGGAUGAUUGUGUUCUCAACCCUUGGAAACAUUGCCCUGGAGCAAGGCAAAGAUAUUGACGAUGUUGUCGCCCAAGGCCCAGGUUUGGUGUUCACAGUGUACCCUCAAGCGCUCGCCAAGAUGCCGUAUGCAGCGGUGUGGUCCGUCCUCUUUUUCUUCAUGCUUCUUAUCUUUGGCCUGGACUCACAGUUUGCCAAUGUUGAGGUCAUUAUUACUUCUCUUCAAGAUGAGUUUCCAAAGUGGAUCAAGAAACACCUGAAGCACCAUGAGUUUCUUGUUAUGAUUGUAUGCUUCGUUUCUUUCAUCUGUGGUCUUCCGAAUGUGAUGGAGGGAGGCAUCUACUUUUUCCAGCUAAUAGACUACUACGCAGCAUCCGUUUCUCUCAUGUACGUGGCUUUCUUCGAAAUAAUAGCUGUGGUGUGGAUUUACGGCGCUGGGAGAUUAGCUGAAAACCUAAAGGAAAUGACUGGAAAACUACCGCCGUUUUAUUUCCGUUGUUGUUGGUACUUUGCUGCUCCUGUUCUCAUUUUUGCAAUAUGGAUAUUUUCUCUUGUAGACUACAAAGAUCCAACCUACGAUAAUGGCAAAUAUAAAUAUCCAAACUGGGCGAUUGGCACUGGUUGGAUAAUUGCAUCUUUGUCCAUUCUCCCGACUCCAAUCCUCGCUGUGGUUGAAAUAACCAGGGCUAAAGGUUCCACCCUCUGGGAAAAAAUUAGGAGUGCCACGCGUCCUAAAAUAGAGCAGUGCUCCUGCUGUGCAAGAACCCACACCUGCCUGAACGGAGGUUAUUUUCCAAAGGAAGGAGUUCGUGAACAAAAGAAGCUGGUUGCGUGUGAUUACCCUUUGUCUGAAAACAGAGGAACUGUGGCUCCAAAUCAAGAGAACGGAAUAAAUAUAACAGAAACCUAUGAUAGACUAGUGUGAGGUAUCAAAAAAAUGGACAGCAAUCGAUAAUAUCGUCAGUUUUUUGUCUCUAGUUAGAUCGAAGAGCCUAACGUGAGCCAGAAUAAUUGCAUGUGAGGGAUGAUCUACAUAAACCUUGGAUAUUGGGAGAUGUCGCCUAACGGGUCAACAUUCAAGGGCUACUCAUAUUUUGUGUUCAUAUGUGAGUUAGAAUCCCUUUAUAACGCCAAAAAAUGUGUAGAUAUUUUUUUUCAUAAAGGGCUAGACAACUAAACAGGGGAAUACUAAGCCCAUGUAGGUAACUUGCACAAAGUCUGCAUUCAUCCGUUCAACAUGGCUCUCACACUGUAGGUAGUGGAUAUUGCGAGGGGUUCAAGAAAAGGGAAAAAGAAAAGACAUGAAGAGAAGGCGAGUUAGUUCAAGGAACUAAGUGAUUCUGAGCCAGUUACUCUUAAUGUUCAAUGAUUAGUUAUUGAAUCUUUCUUUCUAUUGCAAUGUUCUGUGUUGCCAAACAAAGAACAAACUUUCUUUCUUUUUUUGUUUGCCUCUUCUGACCUUUCCUUUGAAGCAAAGAUCGGAAUCACAUAUGUUUCAUGAAACAAGUAUCAUGUUCUUGGGACUCCUGGCUACAAUCGCAGUCCUCUUUUAGUCGAUCUUUUGCUAACCAUUUCCCACGUUGUUGCAGCAUAGUUUAUUGCUUAACAGGGUUGUGAUGUCCUAUUUGACACGCGUAUUUAAUGUAUGUUUCUGCCGAUUGGCAUCUAAUACAAUAUAGCUUUGAUAACUGAUUUACUUUGUCAAGUGGCAUCCCUUCUUUCAGUGAUUACCCAGAUCACAUGUGAGGGGCUAUGUAACUCAACCCAAGUGAAUUACUUUAGUGAUCACCAUAAUAUCCUGUUUUAUUUAUUUUUUCUUCAGCCAGGUAAUAAGUUUGUUACAAAGCAAAUAACUAUGCUAUGCACAGAAAGGUAUAGUAGUGAAAAGCAUAGCACUGAAAGGGGUAAAGAGAGGUGAGGGUAGAAAGGGUGAGUAAAUGGGUUAAGGUAGGAAUUAACAAGGGUAAUUAGAUCUUAGAUCACAGUUUCAGGAGGAGGACAAUCCAGGAAGUGAAGUGGGAUGGUGCAGAUAAAGCAGGAGGGAAUGGGAUGUGUUGGUAUGAAGUGGGAGGAAGGGGUUUAGGGGUAGUAAGAGUAGGAGGAGGACAGAUGCUGACAGUCACUUUGAGUGUAGAGAGAAUGGGUGCAACGAGUUUGGAGGAUGGGUAAGAUGUGGGCAUGUCAUCUUGGGUCAUGCUUAAAUGAUUUGCAGAGCAACGGACAACACUGGAGUAGUAAGAGAAAAACUUCAUAUGCGUGCUUCUUGUCUGACCUCACGUAAAGUGAGAUCAAGUUUGACUUUGAGAAUUGCCCCUGCAGACUCAAACUUAUAGGUAGGGCACUCCCUAUAAAAUACAUUAUGUGAGGCACCACAAUUGGCAUAUGUGUGUUUUUUUGCUGAGCACUUUGAUCGAUCAUGACCAGGUUGGCCAAUCCCUGUCAUAGACAGGGCAGUGUGCUGGGGAGACAGAGACAGUUCAGGUACAAGUAUUGAGGGCAUGAAUGGAUUUGCCAGUGAAGUCAGUCAAAGUAGAUAAUGCUUUAGCCUGAAUUUCUGAUGUAAAUGUGAUACGGCAGGAGCAUUACUGGAUGAGGAGCUUGUUAUCAGAGAAAGGAGUUGUCGAAGGGAUCACAAAAAUCGAUCCCAUUUGGUGUGGCUAAACAGAGUACUUCAAAGGUGUGUAGAGGUGGGGGUAGUAGAAGGGCAGAGCCUUGUGGAAGAGGGAGUGGUGUUGAGAGAAGUAAUACUGCAGACAUUAUGCACUGAAAAGGGGAUAGUAGUAGUGUUCAGAGUCGUGGUCAAAGAAAGCCUAGGACCAGGGAACUGGGGAGUUAAAAUCAGUGGGACCCGUUGACAAAGGGGGCAAACCUUACUGCCCCAAAUAAAGAUACAUAAUCUUCAUUACUGUCAAUUGUAUACCUGGAGUAAAUGGUCCACCCCUGAGGGUCUUCUUGAGGGGUAAGGGCUAGAAAAUUAAACAGGGGAAUACCAAGCCCAUGUAGGUAACUUGCACAAAGUCUGCAUUCAUCCUUUCAACAUGGCUCUCACACCGUAGGCAGUGGAUAUUGCAAGGGGUUCAAGAAAAGGGAAAAAGAAAGGACAUGAAGAGAAGGUAAGUUAGUUGAGGUGAGGGCUGAGGUCCAAGGCAGGGGAGAUCCCCAGCACUUGUUCUAAGCCCUCCCCCCUCCAUGCAACUAUGGGCUUGGGAUUAUUUUUUAAGUUAUUAUUAUUACUUAUUAGUUGCUUAUUUCUUUUCAAGAAAUGGUAAAUUAUAUGAAAAGAAAUUAAACCUGUAAUUACAUUUAGGGAAAGAAGAGUACCUUUUGGGAUGAUUCAUGGACUUGAUGCUCAACAUGAAUGUUAAAAUAUUUUCAUUAUACACUUUUUAAUAUGUAUUUUACUUCAUAGACUAGUGAUUCUUUGCAUACAAAUCAGUUUACUAUAAGUACUUUGUAAUAAAAAGUGUACUUUUUUACCAUACUUUUUGUUUAUUAGCUUUAGGUGUAUGCACAGUGAUGCAGUGAAUUUCAUAGAACUCAAGAAUAUCUGCCAAUAUCAGCAACUAUUUGUUAAUAAAGGAGGAUAAUUGACCUCA